AUGGACCAGUACACAACAGAAAAGUACAGUACCGUACACAACAGAAAAGUACAGUACCGUACACAACAGAAAAGUACAGUACAGUACACAACAGAAAAGUACAGUACAGUACACAACAGAAAAGUACAGUACAGUACACAACAGAAAAGUACAGUACCGUACACAACAGAAAAGUACAGUACAGUACACAACAGAAAAGUACAGUACAGUACACAACAGAAAAGUACAGUACAGUACACAACAGAAAAGUACAGUACAGUACACAACAGAAAAGUACAGUACAGUACACAACAGAAAAGUACAGUACAGUACACAACAGAAAAGUACAGUACAGUACACAACAGAAAAGUACAGUACAGUACACAACAGAAAAGUACAGUACAGUACACAACAGAAAAGUACAGUACAGUACACAACAGAAAAGUACAGUACAGUACACAACAGAAAAGUACAGUACAGUACACAACAGAAAAGUACAGUACAGUACACAACAGAAAAGUACAGUACAGUACACAACAGAAAAGUACAGUACAGUACACAACAGAAAAGUACAGUACAGUACACAACAGAAAAGUACAGUACAGUACACAACAGAAAAGUACAGUACAGUACACAACAGAAAAGUACAGUACAGUACACAACAGAAAAGUACAGUACAGUACACAACAGAAAAGUACAGUACAGUACACAACAGAAAAGUACAGUACAGUACACAACAGAAAAGUACAGUACAGUACACAACAGAAAAGUACAGUACAGUACACAACAGAAAAGUACAGUACCGUACACAACAGAAAAGUACAGUACCGUACACAACAGAAAAGUACAGUACCGUACACAACAGAAAAGUACAGUACAGUACACAACAGAAAAGUACAGUACAGUACACAACAGAAAAGUACAGUACAGUACACAACAGAAAAGUACAGUACAGUACACAACAGAAAAGUACAGUACAGUACACAACAGAAAAGUACAGUACAGUACACAACAGAAAAGUACAGUACAGUACAACUAGAUUGCCAUGUUCCUCCUGUCUUUAGUAGUGCAUUUCCUGUUCUUUUCUAG